AUGUCAUUAAACGAAGCAGAAUGUUAUGAUGCAAUUGAUGAUUUAGUCGAUAAACAUAUCAAAUCAGGUAGCUUCUUAUAUAGCAUGGUACUUAUUCUUACGGUUUUUACUGAAUACAGUGGAAUUUUAUAUGGAGAUUUAAAUAUUGGCUCAUAUUUAGGAAAAGCUUUUACCUUUAGAUUAUUUACUUGUACCAGUAAAUCCAAAACUGCAAUAUAUUUUUAUAUUAAUGGGAAAAACAAAAGCAAAGGAGAAGACAGUGGAAAUAAUCAAAAUGGAGAAAGUAGUGAAAAUGAUCAAAACGAAGGAAGUAGCGAAAUAUUUACGCAAAUAGAUACACGCAUAUUGGCAGAUGCACAAAGAAGGAUUCUUAGAACCGACAUGUUAAAAGAAUAUGGAAUGGAAAGUCUUAUCAAAUUUUUGCAGGAAGAUUUCAAAUUAAAACACAUAGAAGAAUACAGGAUGACAUUGGGACAAGCAUUAGAACUUGAGGAUUAUAUUAAGGAGCUGAAUGAUCAAAAAGUAAGAGUAAAUUUAGGAGACAUUCUUGUUAAAAAAUAUACUAACGGUUCAAAAAUAUCAUCAAAUUUUAAGAUUCCUCCUUUAACAGUAUAUGAUACUAUUAAUCGCUAUAAAAAAACUGAUUCUUCACAUCCUAUUAAACGUUCUGAAAGGCCAAAUGUUUUAUCUAAUCAUGGAAAACAUUUAUUACAAAGGAUCGUUUAUAAAGAUAGAUUUUCUUCUCUUAGUGAAGCUCGUAACUAUCCAAACCUAAUUUUUCAACAGGAUGGUGCGUCUUGUCAUACUUCUUCUUAUACUACUUGGUGGAUGGAAUCUCAUGGAAUUUUGGUUUUAAAUUGGGUGAUGCAAAGUCCAGAUUUAAACCCAAUUGAGUAUUUGUAG